CCAAACUUUUGGCCUGUACUGUAUAUUAAUGAUUUUUUUGAUGUCUGUGAAGGUGUCCAUGCCCAGCUCUACGCAGAUGACGCGGUUAUUUUUACCGCAGCAAAAAGCACAACAGAGGCGGCUCAGAGUCUCACAAUAGCAAUGGGUAAAGUCCAAGACUGGCUCACUAAAUCAUGUCUUUCCUUAAACGUCAAAAAAAGUGUCUGUAUGUAUUUUGCAAAACAGCAACCAAAAAUUACUCGAUCUGGUGUGUUUCUGGGAGGAGAGGAGCUCUCGUUGGUAAACGAGUUUAGAUAUCUUGGAGUCAUCCUGGACUCGACACUCUCAUUCAGGAAACACAUUAAAAAGGUGUCUAAUUCGGUUAAACACAACCUGGCAAACUUCAGACAAAUAAGAAACUCAUUAACUAAUACUGCAGCUCUGAUGUUUUUACACUGCAUGAUCUUCUCACACAUUGACUACUGUUUCACUAGCUGGGCAUUGGCAUGUUCAACAGCACUCAAACCAAUAGAAUCCCUUUAUAAAAAAGCUUUAAAGACACUGGACAAAAAACCUUACUCGUAUCACAUCUGUAUUAUCCUCAAAAAGUAUAGUUUUCUAAGUUUUGAUAGCUUCAAGGUUUUUAAAUUUGCCUGCGCUAUGUACAAAACUCGUCACGGUCUUGCUCCUCCACCUCUGAAAGAAUUUAUAAAAAACAGGACUGUCAGGGGCAUGAACACCAGGGCCUGCGACAGAGGAGACGUUGAGAUCCCUCACAGACGCACCACAUUUGGCAGAAAUGUGUUGUCUGUCCUAGGGGGGGACAUUUGGAACAGUCUUCCCUCCACAAUAAGGGAAUGUCCUACAUUUUAUGCUUUUAAAGGAAAGCUCAAAGACUGCUUAAAGAAUAACCAGAAGUGUGUCCAUUAAGUAGAUCUCGUUAAGUCGGACUGUAUUGACGUGUGUUUGGCAAUGUAAAUUCGAAAUGUGUAUUUUGUAAUUGUAUUAUUGUGUUAUGUGUACUUCCAUGUUUUUACACUUGGCAAUUAACAUUCUGCCCAGGGACUGCAGUUGAAAAUUAGCUAAUCAGCUAUAAACUGGCACAUUUACAACAGGCCAACUUGCAAUGCUGACUGUAAAUAGCAGCUCAAGCAACACUACUAACGGUCGGACUCGUAGAUCAACUAACACUCCCACGCACUCUUGGCAGGAGGAUGCUAGUGUGUACAUUACAUGGGACCAGAUGCCACAAGGGAUCCCUACAGAACACCAAGCCAUAUCAGAUGGGUGGAUAGCGUCAGGCAGAGCACUGGGCUCCUGGCCACUCUGGGGAGCUGCAGCCAAUGCUCAGUAUACAGCUUGUAAUAGCCAUUGGGUAAAUUAUUUAUGGUAUAAUCAGCAACGAUUUGUGAAUUGGACGAUAGAAGCCUUACAAGGUGUGAGUGAGCAAUUGCAUGCCACAUCCUUAAUGGCAGUGCAGAACAGGCUCAUUAUCGAGACUAUGCUUGCUGAAGAUCAAGGGGUCUGUGAUGUAAUAGGGGAACAUUGUUGUACUGUCAUUCCUAUGCACACGGGAGAAGAAGGCAAUUUGACCCGCGCCUUACAGAAUAUACGCACCUUAAGGGACCAACAUGUGCAGCACUCUAAUUAGAACACUAAGAUCCCUUCACUUUGGGAUUGGUUAUCAACAUUAUCCCCAGGAAAGAUCUUAUACACGAUUGGAAUGUUAUUGGGACUUGUUGUUUUGGCUCUUUGUGUAAUAGCCUGUUGUAUCCUCCCUUUAGUGCAACUCCUUAUCAAAAGAGCGAUGGCAAGCGUCGCAGGACAAUUUAUUAUAAUAGAUCAUGGUUCUCGUCCCAAGACAAUCACAGAAUUAUAUGAAAACAUGAGUGGCCCUGGAGGAAAAGACUUUAAAGAUUUCAACCAAAGCACAGGGCCGAAUGAGGGGAAUCAGUAUGAAAUAAUGAUGCCAAACAAUACACUGGGUCAGGAUGAUUGGAAAUGGAGGUCAGUUGAGGAAGAAUAUGUGGAAAUAAUGUAGGACGCGGAGGUCCUGCUGUCACCAAUCCUACUAACAACUUAGCCACUAAAUGUAGUAAAUUUGCUUGCAUGGCUUAUGUACACAAUUUAAUGCUGAAGGGACAGACACAGCACUAACAGGAAAGGGAUAGCAUACUAAAAGUGUCCUUUACAAACUUUCGAGAUAGAUAUAAACCAUGGCUGAGCCUUGGAGAACCCCACAUCCAUACCAACAGAACCCAGAGGACCAGCCAAUGUUCCAGUAUCAACAGCAGGUGCCAGGCGUGAUGGGACCUCCUCGUCCUCCUCCACCACCAUACCCCGUGGGCAGUCGCCAGGUGUCCUCUUGCAACCCCAAUGAAGAUGUCCAGAUGGGCGGACGACGCAGCUCCAACCCCUACACGAUGGCGCCGGCGCAGGUCUACACUGCAGUCUUGGGCAAUCCACCACCAGCACACACCCUUCAUUCACUGCUGUUAUCACCAACAGCCCCCUGCCGUGCUGACGACCCCCCAGGAGUCUCCCAUCCAGCAAUGGACACCUCCACCAGGGGAGGUCAGGCCUCAGUUGACCCCAUCCCAGAAAACCCCACUCCACAAUAUCCCCCGUUCCAGAAUGUAAAGAGAGACAUGGAAGAUCAAGGGCCUACCACCUCACAGGAUCGUGAAAUAGAAAACACACUACGUUCACAGCUUCACUCUGUUGCCCAAGGACCUUACCGCAUGCUGGUACGCAGUCUCCCCCUCCCCCUGCGUGAGAAAGUGCGCAAAAUCCGCCGUGACAUCUAUGCAAUCAGGAAGGGUGAGAAUCAUGCGCUGAGCCGACAACAUCACCAACGCGCCACCAGCGAGCUGCUGCAGUUGCGCACCCAACUCAAAGAAAUGACUGAGUUCAGAGACACUCUCCUGGCCGAGAUCUCUGUGCUGAGAGGGCAGCUGGCGACCCAGCAAUUUCUAAGCCAUAAGAACUGAAAUGGACAUAACAAAGUGACAAUGAAACCUAUGUAUGAUGAUGUCAUAAUGCUUAUUGACACGUGAUUUGGGUGCAAAUCAAUGAGCUGUGAUGUAUGCCUACUCCUUAAUACGAAAACACAUGAUGUAUGUUAGUCAUUAAUGAAGAGAUGUGUGACAAAAUGAUGAUUGAUGAAAUCUGAUUUAUGAGUUAGAACUAUUGCUAAAUAUGUGGUAAUAGUUAAUCUUAAUCAAGAGUUAUGGGACUAUGAAGUCCCAAAGGGGGGAAUAUAUAUUUUUCUCUCCCCUUCUUGAUUCAAAUAGUUAUGGGACUGUGUAGCCCCAAAGGGGGGAAUGUAGUGUAAAAGUUUGUGCUCAAUGAAUCAAGUAACAAGGUUAAGGUACCUAAGUUGACUGGGGAACAGAAAGUCUAUAUGAUGAAACACAUACUCAACUGUUGUAGCACACACACACACACACACUCACAUAUUGUACUCUUGAGGUUUUAUCUUGCACGAAACUAGGAGCACUGUGGACUGUGUAGAAAGUCCCCAGAAUUCACAUAUUUUUUAAAAAUAGAGUGAAAAUGGAACCAGAUCUAAGGGAAGGAAAUUUGGGAAAUUCCAGGCUGCAUUACACCAUUAAAAAUGGGCCCAAUCAGAAUUAGACACAAAGAAAAGUUCUCCACCAAUAGGAUUGGUCCUGGGUGGGAAGGAUUAGCAAAAAGAGGUGGAGACUCAUUUGAAUCUCCACCAGCAUAUAAGCUAGGGCUCCGAAAACAGAUUUUUAGUCACGCUCCGGGGUUUGACUCACGAAGUUGUAUGUGUUAAAGCCUGUUGACACAUUAAACUUGAUUGCAUCGGACUUUGCCUGUUUCCAGUGAUUCUUUAAGUGUUUGCAGCUGAGCCUAAGAUACCAAAUCGACAUUUGAGGACAACUGACAAAGACAAGAGGUUCAAGGUCGGGAGCCUACAGGCCCACUUCCAGGCACCGAUUCUUUGACACUUCAGUCUCUGUACUUGUUUUAUUAGAUCUUAGUGCGGCGUUUGACACAAUUGACCAUCAAAUUCUACUGCAGAGACUGGAUCACUUAAUUGGCCUAAAAGGUUCUGCACUAAGCUGGUUUAAAUCUUAUUUAUCUGAUCGUUUUCAAUUUGUUGACGUUCGCAAUGAACCAUCCUUACGUACCAAAGUUUGUUUUGGAGUUCCGCAAGGUUCUGUGCUCGGACCAAUCCUGUUUACUCUAUAUAUGCUUCCUUUAGGUAACAUCAUUAGAAAUCACUCUAUAAAUUUCCAUUGUUAUGCGGAUGAUACUCAGUUGUAUUUAUCAAUGAAGCCAGAAGAAAGCAAUCAAUUAACUAAACUCCAUAACUGCCUUAAAGACAUAAAAACUUGGAUGAGCACCAAUUUCCUGAUGUUAAAUUCAGACAAAACUGAAGUUAUUGUUCUUGGCCCCAAACAACUCAGAGACUCUUUAUCUGAUGACAUAGUUUCUCUAGAUGGCAUUGCUCUGGCCCCUGCCACUACCGUAAGAAACCUCGGAGUAACAUUUGAUCAAGAUUUGUCUUUUAAUUCUCAUUUAAAGCAAACCUCACGGACUGCAUUUUUUCAUCUGCGUAAUAUUGCGAAAAUUAGGCCUAUCCUGACCCGAAAAGAUGCAGAAAAAUUGGUCCACGCUUUUGUUACCUCAAGGCUGGAUUAUUGUAACUCUCUAUUAUCAGGUAGCUCUAGUAAGUCCUUAAAAACUCUCCAGCUAAUUCAGAAUGCAGCAGCACGUGUACUAACAGGAACUAAGAAACGCGAUCAUAUCUCUCCUGUUUUAGCUUCUCUGCACUGGCUCCCUGUAAAAUCCAGAAUUGAAUUUAAAAUCCUACUGUUAACUUAUAAAGCUCUAAAUGGUCAAGCUCCGUCAUAUCUUAGAGAGCUCAUAGUGCCAUAUUAUCCCACCAGAACACUGCGCUCUGAGAACGCAGGGUUACUCGUGGUCCCUAAAGUCUCCAACAGGAGAUCAGGAGCCAGAGCCUUCAGCUAUCAGGCUCCUCUCCUGUGGAAUCAUCUUCCUGUUACGGUCCGGGAGGCAGACACCGUCUCCACAUUUAAGACUAGACCUAAGACUUUCCUCUUUGAUAAAGCUUAUAGUUAGGGCUGGCUCAGGCUUGCCCUGUACCAGCCCUUAGUUAGGCUGACUUAGGCCUAGUCUGCCGGAGGACCCCCUAUA